AUGCAUCCUACCAAUUUGCUUCACAUGUUGAAGGAAGCGGCUACAACUAGUCCAGAUGGCAGUGUUGUGUUGUAUCACAAUGGCACACUCGACCAGCAGCCCUCCAUAACCAGCUAUCAAGAUCUUUACCAACGUUCUCUCCUCCGAUCCAGCCAUUUGCUGUCUAAAAAUAAAUUUAGGAGUCACCCGAUCGUGCUGCUUCACACAGACAAUUAUCUCGAUCAAACCGAAUGGUUUUGGGCUAUUGUUGCAGCAGGAGGGAUCCCAUGCAUGUCAACUGCUUUUACCAACGAUCUCACGCAAAGACGAAGACAUAUCAGGUCAUUGCAGAAACUACUAAACGACCCUUUCAUCCUCACCACCGAAGCUCUUAUUCCAGAAUUUUGCAACCUGGAUGGUCUCCAGCUGCACACCAUUGUAUCUCCGGAUUUCACAGAGGAUGCUCAGCAGCGGAGCAAUGAAAAUGUCCCCGGAUUUGAUAAACACCCAAGCGAUUUAGCGAUCCUGAUGCUGACAUCUGGAAGCACUGGGGACCCUAAAGCAGUUUGUCUUACUCAUCACCAAAUAUUGUCAUCCCUAAAGGGGAAGAUCAAUAUCCAUAGUACUACGUCGGGGGAUGUGUUUCUGGGGUGGACCCCUAUGGAGCACGUUGCCAACCUAGUCGAGGUUCACCUCCAAGCCGUGAGACUUUCCGCCAACCAGGUUCACCUACCUCGAGCAGCUGUUGUCGCCGAACCUUUACGAUUCCUACAGAAAUUGAGCGACUACCGAGUGUCCUACACCUUCGCCCCCAAUUCCUUUCUUGCAAGCGUUGAGCGGGCUUUGGAGUCUCUCAGAGGUAGUGAGACAUUAAGAGAUCACGCAAGCUCUCAUUAUCUUACAGGUGGUGAGAGGCUGAAGCUAGAUUUAUCAAACUUAAGGGCGCUAGUAUCUGGAGGCGAACCAAAUCUUGUGAGUACAUGCGUCAAACUUACAAGUGCUUUACAGAAAUACGGUGCUCCAUGGUCUUUUAUCCGUCCCGGCUUAGGCCUUACCGAGACAUGCGGUGGUGCAGUCUACAGCCUUGACUGCCCCUCUUAUGAUAUCUUACAAAGUCCGGAGCAUUGUUCAGUGGGACGUCCCAUGGAUGGGGUGAAUUUGAGGAUCAUGAGAAGCAAUGGAACUACUGCCAGACGUAAUGAGAUUGGCUCAUUAGAAAUGGCAGGCCCUGCUGUAUUCAAGGGUUAUUUCAAUAAUACCAAGAUUGCAGCUGCAAGCCACACUCAUGAUGGCUGGUUCAAGACCGGAGAUCUAGCAUUGUUGGAUUGCAAUGGACGACUGCGACUCACCGGGAGAGAUAAGGACAUAAUCAUCAUCAAUGGGGUCAAUCACUAUCCACAGGCAAUAGAAGCUGUUGUGGAGAGCGCAAAUAUCCCUGGAAUUAUCCCGUCAUACACAGUGGUCUUUGGCCAUCGUCCCAAGAAUCAAGAUACAGAAGUCAUCUGCAUUGUCUACUUGCCAGCCCACGGCCUCGAAGAUCAUUCUAGUCACGCCAACACAGCAGUUGCAAUUUCCAAAUCUGUCUUAAUUUAUAGCGGGAUCAGACCGCACAAGAUAAUUCCUCUAGAAGUCAGUUUGCUAAAAAAGUCCUCAUUGGGAAAGCUUUCGCGGGCAAAUAUUCGCAAGGAAUUCGAAGCCGGAGUAUAUAAACCAUACGACCAAACUCCGUCCCAUGCUAUUCAAUUAUGCAAAAACAACCAGACUUCCCUCAUGAUGACCCCGACAGAGCAAGCGGUAGUGGAUCUGUAUCUCAGGCUUUUACCCUCUCAUGUCAACGAAAUAGGACUCGACACGGACAUCUUUCACCUCGGCCUCUCCUCCAUCGAUCUCCUAACUCUACAGUCACGCCUACAAACGACACUUUCCAUCCCCUCCAUUUCAAUCAACACCCUCCUGUCCCACCCAGUUAUCCGUGACCUGGCCAAUAUCCUCGAAGAUUCAAAGCAGACCUCAUCGGCAUAUGAUCCAGUGGUGAUCCUACAACCCCAUGGCACCAAAACCCCGCUCUGGUUCAUCCACCCGGGAUUAGGAGAAAUAUUCAUCUUUAUGAACUUAGCACGGUAUAUCACCGACCGCCCAGUGUAUGCAUUACGCGCGCGGGGAUUCCACCCAGGAGAACGGCGCUUUUCUUCUUUGGAUGAGAUGGUUUCUGUAUAUCAUGACGCGAUCAAAUUUACGCAACCCCAGGGACCAUAUGCUUUUGCGGGAUAUUCGUUUGGCAGUAUUCUCGCCUUUGAAAUUACGAAGAGAAUGCAAACUCCCCCUAAAAGAGGGUACCAACGGGAUAGAGAGAACGAUGAAGUUAAAUUUUUAGCGACUUUCGACCAGCCUCCGCAUUUUAAGCAACGUGCUAGGUCCUAUGACUAUUAUGAAGUCCUUCUCUCCGUCGCAUAUUUCCUCUCGCUCAUUAGCGAAGAGUACGCGUACGAUUUCCUUCCUACUGCUCGCACACUUACGCAUGAGCAAGUCUUGGAUCAUGUCAUGGAGCUUGCGCCCAGGAGGAGAAUGGAAGAGUUAGGUAUGGAUAGGCAUAAGAUCCAUAAUUGGACCUGUCUAGCAUUGGGCCUGAAGAAGAUUGUUUGGGACUACGACCCUUCUGGAACUGUGAACUGCAUGGAUGUGUUUUGGACCGGGCCACUUGUUGGUAGGGUUCCUGCUAGGGAUGAGAGGGAGUGGUUUGAUGGGUUUAUUGGAAAAUGGAAGGAUUUCGUGCGAGAUGUGGGUGAGAUGGAUGGUGAUGGUGGAGGAACAAUUGCAGGGCUGAAAUUUCACUUUGUGCAAGGGACACACAGGACUAUGAUAAGCCCGCCUCAUGUAGUCGGCUUCCAGAAGCUCUUCAAGCAGGCGAUGCUUGACCGUGGCUUGUAA